GUGGUUUCAUCCCAACAUCAGUGGAAUUGAGGCAGAGAAGCUGCUCCUGACCAGAGGUGUCCAUGGCAGCUUUCUGGCACGACCCAGUAAGAGCAACCCAGGAGAUUUCACUCUCUCUGUCAGGAGGAACGACGAGGUGACACACAUCAAGAUCCAGAACACGGGGGAUUACUACGACCUCUAUGGGGGGGAGAAGUUUGCCACGCUGGCUGAGCUGGUGCAGUACUACACCGAGCAGCAGGGGCUGCUGAGGGAGAAGAACAGCAACGUCAUCGAGCUGAAGUACCCCCUCAACUGCCAGGACCCCACCUCCGAGAGGUGGUACCAUGGGCACCUCACUGGCAGGGAGGCAGAGAAGCUUCUGGCAGAGAAGGGGAAGCCAGGCAGCUUCCUGGUGCGAGAGAGCCAGAGCAAACCAGGAGACUUUGUACUGUCGGUGCUGACAAAUGAGGAUAAGAUGGAGACUGGGGACAGGAAGCUCCACGUGACCCACGUGAUGAUCCACUACCAGCCCGAUGGGAAGUAUGACGUGGGGGGAGGAGAGAGGUUUGACACGCUCACAGACCUGGUGGAGCACUAUAAGAAGAACCCCAUGGUGGAGAAAUCUGGAGCUGUGGUUCAUCUGAAGCAGCCAUUCAACGCCACGCGCAUCAACGCAGCCAACAUUGAGAACAGGGUGAAGGAGCUGAACAAGAUGGCAGACCACAGUGAGAAGGCCAAGCAAGGGUUCUGGGAGGAGUUUGAGAUGCUGCAGCAGCAAGAGUGCAAGCUCCUCUACCCCAGGAAGGAGGGGCAGCGACCGGAGAACAAGGCUAAGAACCGCUACAAGAACAUCCUUCCCUUUGACACCACACGGGUGGCACUCCGGGACGUGGACGAGAGCGUGCCUGGGUCAGACUACAUCAAUGCCAACUACAUCAAGAGCAUCCCUGAAGAUGGAAGGAACUCAGAGCACUGCAAGAUCUAUAUAGCCACCCAGGGCUGCCUGCAGACAACAGUGAAUGACUUCUGGGCCAUGGUGUAUCAAGAGAACAGUCAUGUCAUUGUCAUGACAACCAAGGAGGUGGAGCGGGGCAGGAACAAAUGCUUCCGUUACUGGCCGGAGAAGGGCAGCACCAAGGAGUAUGGCUGUGUCUGCGUGAGGAACGCCGGCGAGCGCGAGGCCCAGGGCUACUACCUGCGGGAGCUGGAGGUCUGGAGGCUGGACAGGGAUGAGUGCCCGAGGCGGGUGAAGCACUAUCAGUAUUUUAGCUGGCCAGACCACGGGGUGCCCAAUGAGCCAGGAGGGGUUCUGAGCUUUCUGGACCAAGUGAACCGAGCCCAGCGCAGCAUUCCAGACACGGGGCCCAUCAUAGUGCACUGCAGUGCUGGAAUAGGACGCACAGGCACCAUCAUUGUGAUAGAUAUUCUGGUGGAUAUUAUUCACAGGCAAGGUUUGGACUGUGACAUUGACAUCCCCAAAACCAUCCAGAUGGUCCGCAGGCAGCGCUCGGGCAUGGUGCAGACAGAGGCACAGUACAAGUUUGUUUACAUGGCUGUCCAGCAGUACAUUGAGGCUGAGCAGAAGAGGCUGGAAGAAGAGCAGAGGAAUAAAAGGAAAGAGAGAGACUACUUGAAUAUUGGCUACUCUCCUAUGGAAAAAGGCAGAGGCAAAGGGCAGCCCCCUUCACCACGGACCCCCUCUGUGGUUGAUGAUGAAUCAGCUUCUGUCUACGAGAACCUGAACAUCAAAAGCCCAAAGGUCUCAGGGAUGAGUAACACAGGACGGUAA